ACAUCUGCACAAAUUGUCGCUAUUUUUAAUAUUUGCUAAUGACUGAAUGAAUAUGUGAUUCUGUGACUCUGCUCUUCCUGUGUGAUUGUGUGAAUCUGCUCGUCCUCGAAAGGCUGGGCUAGGUUAUCCCUGAGGUCCCUUCCAACCUGUGAUUCUGUGAACAUUGGGGGCAUUUGCAAGGCAAAAUUAAAUUUGCUGCGAGUCCGGACUUCAUGCUUCCUGCUGGGCACCGCGGGGCAGUCGGGGGGUCUGUGAGAGGACGGAACAGAUGCUGGUCCAGGCUGUGCCCUACACAUGCCCUGAGAAGUUCAUUGCUAAUGGCUAAGGUAGCCAGUGUCUAUGAGUCCCCUGGCUUCUUCCUAGGGUUGGAUCCAAUUCCAGGAGCCCUUGAAGCUAUGCAGGAGAUGAUCCGCAUGCAGGACACCGAAGUCUUUAUUUGCACAAGUCCUCUCCGGAAAUACGAGCACUGCAUCGUGGAAAAGUAUAAGUGGGUAGAAAAACAUUUGGGACCCGAGUUUGUGGACCGGAUUAUUCUAACCCGAGAUAAGACCGUCGUAUCUGCUGACUUGCUGUUCGAUGACAAGGAUACCAUUAGAGGCGCGGAGCUGAACCCGAGCUGGGAGCACGUCCUGUUCACCUGCUGCCACAACAGGCACGUCCAGCUGCAGGCACCGCGCAGGCGGCUGCUCUCCUGGGCGGACGAUUGGAAGGCCAUCUUGGAAAGCAAGCGCAGGGAGUAACGCGACGAGGGGCCCUUCCGCUGCCGGGGCACGGACCAGCUCACCCGCUGGCAGGGAAACCCGUCCCCAGGAGGCAGCGAGCACCGUCGGCCGGGCAGGGGCACUACGGGGGGUCAGUGAGAGUAAGAAAUGAGCAACAAGAAUUGUUAGGCAUGCCGCAGAGCUGACUCCUCUCCAGGUCUCUGCUCCUCUCCGGACUGCUCUGCAUUCGGUUAAUCUCUGUGGAGUUGUUUUUGCUGUUUGCUGUUGGUGAAGAGAAGCUAUAAAAUACAAGCAGUUUGGGUUGG